UUUCAGCAAACCUCAUUCCCAACCCAAGCCCAGGUAUUUGAAAAUCAGUCCUAAACAGGACAAUAUUUACGAACUUCCUCUUCUCUCUCUGCCAGCCAAACGCCACAAAGCUGAACAACACCAACAACAAACAACAAGUAACAAGUUAACAACAACAACACCAACAACAACAACAACAGAAGAAGAAGAGAGAGAAAGAAGUCGAACUAUAAUACCCUCCCUGACCUCACCACCAACGAAUUUCUACGCACAACUUCAAUUCCACGUCUUUCUCGCAGACAUUUUCUUGGUGCAAGAUUUGUGGCCUUUUUUGGGGGCUAAUGAAGGCCAUUUGAGAGAUUUAGUUAAAUAAUACAUCAACAACAAAAGUGGGGAAAAGUGAGGAAGAGAUAGAGAGUGGUGGAGAGGUGUGGGUUAGGGUAUAAUGAGUUCGAAAAAUGGAGGACCGUCGUCGACCCCGGCUCUUCUUCGGAGAGAUCCGUAUGAGGUUUUAAGUGUUACUAGGGAUUCUACUGAUCAGGAAAUCAAAUCGGCAUACCGGAAACUUGCGCUCAAGUAUCAUCCUGACAAAAAUGCCAAUAACCCUGAAGCUGCAGAGCUUUUUAAGGAGGUUGCUUAUUCUUAUACAAUUUUGUCCGAUCCUGAGAAGAGAAGGCAAUUUGAUGUUGCUGGAUUUGAGGCUCUGGAUGCUGAAGGCAUGGAUAUGGAAAUCGACUUAUCCAACCUUGGGACUGUCAAUACAGUGUUUGCUGCCUUAUUCAGUAAGCUGGGAGUUCCUAUCAAGACAACCAUCUCUGCAAAUGUUCUGGAGGAAGCAUUGAAUGGAACUGUGACUGUACGUCCUCUUCCUGUUGGAACAUCAGUUAAUGGAAAGGUAGAUAAGCAGUGUGCCCACUUCUUUGGUGUGACAAUAAGUGAGGAGCAAGCACAGGCGGGCAUUGUAGUCCGCAUUACUUCACCUGCUCAAAGCAAAUUUAAGCUUCUUUACUUUGAACAAGAAGCAAAUGGAGGUUAUGGCCUAGCAUUACAGGAGGAUAGCGAGAAGACAGGCAAGAUGACAUCUGCAGGCAUGUAUUUCUUGCAUUUUCAAGUGUAUAGGUUGGAUUCAACUGUAAACGCGUUAGCAAUGGCCAAGGACCCUGAAGCCGCGUUCUUUAAAAGGUUGGAGGGUCUACAACCUUGUGAGGUUUCAGAAUUGAAGCCAGGCACUCACAUAUUUGCUGUCUAUGGUGAUAACUUUUUCAAACCUGCAUCUUACACGAUAGAGGCACUGUGUGUGAAGUCUUACGAGGACACAACAGAGAAAUUGAUGGAUAUCGAGGCACAAAUUUUGAGAAAAAGAAAUGAACUCCGUCAAUUUGAAUCAGAGUACAGAAAGGCAUUGGCUCGUUUCCAAGAAGUGACAAACAAAUACAACCUAGAAAAGCAAUCUGUUGAUGAGCUACUAAAGCAACGUGACAGUAUUCACUCUGCCUUCACUGUGGUAAAAACACUGAGUAAUUCUGGAAGUAGUAGCAAUUUGUCCAAUGGGAGUACAAGCAAGUCUUCUGUUGAAGAUUCCAGAGGUGAAAGCCCAGCGGAAGAUGGUGGUUCUGAUGGAAAAGACAAAUCAUCUCGGAAAAGGUGGUUCAAUCUAAAUAUCAAGGGUUCUGAUAAGAAGCUUGGAUGAUUGCUUCUGUAACGUAUACCAACACAAAGUCAGUCUUGAUCUUCUGAUGGGUAUCAGGCAAUUCCCUGUACAUUCCUUUCAGUGGGUCACCUUGUAUCAAUAGCUUAAUUUUUGGCCCCCUAAGGAUUUGAAGAAUGUUCAUUUUUUUCUGCCCAUGCUUUUUAGCCUUUGCAAGAACGGAGCGGGGAACAUACGAAAAGGAUAGAAGGGUUUUUGUUCAUUAGAUAAGUUGAGUUCCUAAAACUGAUAUUUCUUACAAAUUGCAUAUGUUUGUUACUUCCUAUUUAUGGUCGAAGAGAGCUAAUAUUUUAUUGUUUGUUGUAGAUAUUUUAAAAAUUAGUAUGUGAGGUUUCUGUUGUAAGUAUGAAUUCUUCAUUAUUGAUUAUUUUACCCGACUA